UCCCAACAUUUUCCCUCACAACUAAAGCUCAAUCAAAAUUAACUACAAGAUGUCCAAUUCAUACGAGGCCAUCCCCUUGCAGGAAUUUUCUAGCUAUUUCUCUGCUGCAACUGAGCUCUCCAGUGUGGCACUUGGGGGAAAGAUUGUGUCGGUAUCCGAUGAAUUCUUUGCAAAGGCAUUUAAUCUACUUUUGGUAGAGCCCGCACCCAGUCUCAAAGGCCAAUUCGGUCCUAACGGUGCAUUGUUCAGUGGAUGGGAAAGUAGAAGACACAACCCCACAUAUGAUUGGUGUAUCAUUAAACUGGGGACUGCCGGCACAAUCUUCGGUUUUGAUAUUGACACUGCUCAUUUCAAUGGCAAUGAGGCACCGGAGGUUUCUGUUGAAGCACUUAUAACCUCUGCGAGUGAAGACCCAAAGCAUGAUGAUGCCAAGUGGUUCGAAAUUCUACCGAAAGUACCUCUCGGACCGUCCGCAAGACAUCUGUUCACGAUAGCUGAAACUUCGGGUGUGAAAUAUGUCAAGCUGAACAUGUAUCCAGACGGUGGUAUUGCUCGCUUUCGAGUUUAUGGGCAUGUUUCUCCGAUCCAUCCUUCUGAUCCCUCAGAGAUAUUUGAUCUUGCUCAUGUCUUUGCGGGGGGUUGUGUUGUGUUUACAUCUGAUCAACAUUUUGGAGUUGGGUCAAACUUGAUUCUUCCUGGAAGAGGAAAGGACAUGGGCGACGGAUGGGAGACUAAGCGUAGCAGGCAGAAGGGUCACAAGGAUUGGGUCGUGAUUAAAUUGGGCGCAGCAGGACUUCUCAGUACUGCAGAAAUAGACACAGCCCAUUUCAAAGGAAACUUCCCGGAAAGUUGCGAAUUAGAUGCUACCACGAGCACGCAUGAUGUGCCAACUGAUCAAGAAUCUUGGACACCGAUUUUAUCUCGAGUGAAACUGGGACCGCAUCGACAACACUUCUUCCAGCUAGAAAAUGUUGAAGGUGUAUCCUACACGCAUGUAAGGCUCACGAUACAUCCUGAUGGAGGGAUCAAACGGAUCAGGGUCAACGGAAGAAGGGCUGGCUCUCAACUACCAAACGUGACUACCAGCACUGUCGUAACCGCGACAGAUGAUAUCCCAGACCAGGAUGUCAAGCAUGAUUUAGUCUUCUCAAAAUCCGAGGCCGCAACUGAACCUGAAAUAUUCAUUCCAGUGCUCCCACUGACACCGGAGGCAUUUUCUCCAUUCGGUCAAGUCGUGCAGGCAUAUGGAGACCAUACCGCUGCCCCUCGAGGCACAAAGAUAACUCCUGCGAACCAGGGAACUGCAAGUAAAUUCCACAAACUUGCACUAAUUGAGUCGUCAUAUCCGCCAGAAUCUGGGGAAACAACUGGUUUGUCCGUGUACAGAUGUGAACCAGUAAACGUCUUAGACGGGGAGGUUCGCCUGAACAUGUUGGAACGUCACCCCUUUACUAAACAGGGCUUUAUUCCUAUGGGAGGACGAUAUGCAGGGAUACCCGAAGCUGAAGCGUUGAAUAAUCCUGGAAAGGCAUAUUUGGUGGUGGUGGCAAAGACGGGGCAAGAUGAUAAGCCCGAUCUGUCGACGUUACGGGCCUUCAUUGCGAGUGCCGCACAGGGAAUUAUGUACAACACAGCCGUUUGGCAUCAACCUAUGACUGUUCUUGACAGACCCAUGGACUUUACGUGCGUGGAGACUCAGAUAGGGAAUGGCGAGAAAGCGGACUGCGAAAUCGUAGAAGUGGAAACAAUCAUCAAAAUGAAACUCCUCGGUUUAUGAUCACGCCGCUCGUGACAAACAUCAGAUGAGUUCCUCUCUCUGUGGAACAGUCAAGAAAUAUGGGGAUUUUGCCAGCUGUAUGAGAAAAAAUUAUGUGAGGAAAGAAAGGAAGCCAACAAAUUGGGGACUUUACGAUAGAUUGUAGGUUACUAGAUGAAUGUGCACGAUAGUCAUAUCCUCGUGGACGCUAAGCACGUCCUGCGUAAAGGGUUUU